AAAAAAAAAAUAAUAAAUUUAAAAAAAAACAAACUGAGUCAAAGUGCUGUUGAAAAAUGGACGUGAUGGGUUUAGGACACUGGUAUUCACGUGGAGAUAACGUUUAUGUGUACGCCGCAAAGUUAAAAUGCAAAGGAGAAUAGUUAUUUCCUGUUGACUGUUUUUUUUUUGGUGUUUGUGUGCCGUGUGUGAGAGCUGCUGUGUAAUGCUGGACCGGCCUGUCUACGUACCAACGUUUAACUUAUUAUUUAUCAUACAAUAAAGAAAGACAUUUAAAUAGUUAAUAAAAGUUUAUUAUUAUUCCAGGAGAACAAGCAUAAGUAUUUUUAAUAACCCCAACGUCAUCGUCGUGGUGAAAGACUAUCAGCAGCAACAGCAGCAGCAGCAGUUACGCGGUUAUUUUUUUGAAAGACGAACGCUCUAAUAGUGGCCCAGUCGCUUCGACGAGUAACGUGUGAGGGUGUAAGGUGUGCUCUUGAGUGUCGGGAUACGAAAAAAGGUGGUGAUCUAGGAGUAGAUCCAGGUUUCUGGUGGUCGUCAAGGGGCCCACCUCUCGCUUCCCUGGCUCUGCAAGUAAAGAGCACCGCCAAGUCAGCAAGAUUUAACUCCUGCUGUAAAUGUGCGGUUCUGCUGGAGCACCAGCAACAAAAAUUAUAAACGAGUGUAUAACGGCUGCUGCCGCGCGUUAAAUGUGUGUAGUGUGUUAUGUAUUUACGAAGAAUAUAUUGCGUAACGUCGACGGCCGGAAAACGUUCGACGCGUGUGGCAUCACGGUGAACGAGAAAUAAUAACUAUUAAAUAUAUAUAUAUAUAUAUUUAAAAAAUAAAUAACGUUAAUUUUUAAAAGCUACUUCUUUGUGUGUGUGUUCCAAGUUUAUCUCGUGCUCUUCUGUACUACCACCAGUGCGUGGUUGGACGAAAUUUUUCACGCGUCCCUUUGCGCGCAGAAACCUACCUACUACCACUGCUACACGACUUGUACAUCAUCAACACAGAACAUCAGCAGCAGCAGCACCAGCAGCAGCACUAACACCAACAAGGGCGGCCCCCCUCAAUAUCUCGUGUCUGCUUUGCCUUGUCCCCCACGACCGUGUGCAUAUAUGUAUAAAUAUAUAUCUAUAGCUGGUUGAUUCACCCGAUUGUACCUUCAUCUGAUAGAAUUUCCAAUGUAAUUUGAAAUGAAACGAGCUCGUGGGGUGGACGAAGUAGCAACGACAGCAGGAGCAACACUAAAGCAUUCUACAUUGGGAGGAGGUGGAGGUUUAGGAAUUGGUGGAUUAGGAGGUGGUGGUGGUGGUGGUGGUAUUAAUUUGGAGUAUCACUCAGCAUCCGGGAUAGGUGUUGGAGUUAAUUCUGGUCAAACUGUAAGACCUAUUACGUCUAAAGAGAUGCCAGGCAGCAUACAGUUUGGAACUACCCAAACCCAGCAGCAAUAUUCUGGGGCUAUUGUUGUACCACAAGCGGCCCCAUCGCCCGUCAAGGCUAGUGGCAUUGGCAGUAGUCUCAGUACCACGUGUAGCGGUGGGAAUAUAACCACUGGUAUACUGCACAAUAAUACUGGUCUAGGUAGUGGUGUUGGGCAUUGUUUAGGCCCUCAGCAACCUACACCAGGAUCCCAAGUACAACUACUUUUACAGCAAUCACCAGUUAUACAGCACAAGGUGCACUCUACAAGUGGAGCACCAUUACCGCCUACACCCCCUGGAGGUGGUGUUGGGGGUGGAGCACAGCAGAAUUUUCAGAGGCUGAAAGUAGAGGAUGCACUCUCGUAUUUGGAUCAAGUUAAAUACAAAUUCAGUGACCAACCCCAGGUCUACAAUGACUUCCUAGAUAUUAUGAAAGAGUUUAAAUCCCAGAGUAUAGAUACACCAGGCGUUAUAUCAAGGGUCAGUAAUUUAUUUAAAGGGCACCCGGAACUAAUUGUCGGAUUUAAUACUUUUUUACCGCCGGGUUAUAAGAUUGAGGUUCACUCAAAUGAGCAAGGGCUUGCUUUUCAAGUGUCUGUAAGCAUGCCGAGUCCAACGUCAACACAGACGUCCAUCAUAUCACAACACUGUACUGUUAAUGUCGGUUCACCACCUGGUGCAAGUCCACCAAGUCAGCCUACAAAAGCACCAUCGGUUCUCCAUAUAAUGCAAGGAUCGACAAACAUACAUCACGCCAUGGCGAAUAAUGUUACAAAUAAUAGUUUGACGGUUCACGCGACGUCUUCCCCACCGCCAAUUCAACCUUAUAAUAAUUCUCACAUCACCGCAGCGCAAGCGCAAAUUGUUAGUCAAGCAUUGAGUCAAGCGCAGGACGGGGUUGUUCAGAACAGCACCAGCGGACAGACGCAGCAGAAUCAACCGGUCGAAUUUAAUCAUGCCAUCAACUACGUCAAUAAGAUUAAAAAUCGAUUUCAAGGUCAGCCAGAUAAGUACAAACGUUUUCUGGAGAUCUUACAUACAUAUCAAAAAGAACAACGUAACCUGAAAGAUGGAAAUCAUACUGCUGCUGGAAGUUGUAGUGGCGGUGGUGGAGUCGGUCCUGCUGGUAAACAUCUCACCGAAGCUGAGGUAUACAGUCAAGUUGCUAAACUCUUCGAAAAUCAAGAAGAUCUUCUUGCUGAGUUCGGGCAAUUUUUACCAGAUGCUACUAACCAGCAGAAUUCGCUGUCUGCAAUGUUUCAGGGAAACAAAGCUGCGGCGGUUAACGAUCACAGUACGAUCGUUAAAAAACCGCUAGGACCAAAAGCAUCGUUCAACAAUGCCGGGAAUAUACCAAGAGACCAUCGGGGAGAUCCAGUUGGCAACAGUGUGGUGAAUCUUGAUCGCGAUGGAAGAGAUCAUCGGGAUCGAGACCGUGAACGUGACAGGACUGGAAUCAGGGAUAUUAAUAGUAGUCAGAAGUUUGGUCACAAUACCGGUCAACUGAAGAGAAGUCCGUCCUUCCCAACGUCCGUGUCAACGGGUAACUCUCAUCACGUGCCUCACGGACCACCUCCACUUAAAAAACACAAAGUAGCAGCAUCUGCUCGUGAUAUUACUAUUGCCGAGGCUGGUAAAUACGGUUCUCUAAAUGAUUAUGCAUUUUUCGAUAAAGUGCGUAAACUAUUAAAGUCUACGGAAGUAUAUGAAAAUUUUUUGAGAUGUUUGGUACUGUACAAUAAUGAAAUUAUAUCAAAGUCUGAAGUGGUGCAACUGGUGAUACCCUUUCUCGGUAGAUGUCCAGAACUUUUACGGUGGUUUAAAGAUUUCCUUGGUCAUUUACCAGAGUCUACUGGUUUAGCGUCAACUAAUGCUACUGGUGGUGUUAAUGUCGAGGCUCUUCCCAAUAAUGUCGUUAGAAGUCAUCAGGACCGUCCUCAAGGUGAUCUUGCUAUGGAAAUUGAUUACACGACGUGUAAAAGAUUAGGUGCCUCUUACUGUGCAUUACCCAAGUCGUAUAUUCAACCCAAAUGUACUGGUAGAACUGAAUUGUGUAAGGAAGUACUGAAUGAUACCUGGGUAUCGUUUCCUACAUGGUCGGAAGACAGCACAUUCGUCACGUCCAGAAAAACUCAAUAUGAAGAAUUUAUUUAUCGCUGUGAGGAUGAAAGAUUUGAGCUUGACGGCGUAAUAGAGACGAAUUCAGCGACGAUAAGAGUACUUGAGGGUGUUCAUAAAAAAAUGAGUAGAAUGAGCCAAGAAGAGCUGCAAAAAUUUAAAUUAGAUGAUUGUCUUGGCGGGUGUUCGCCGACGAUACACCAGCGUGCGUUGAAGCGAAUAUACGGUGACAAAGCAGCGGAUAUAAUCGAUGGACUGAAGAAAAAUCCAGUUGUUGCGGUGCCUGUGGUGCUUAAGAGAUUGAAAAGUAAAGAAGAAGAGUGGCGAGAGGCACAAAAGGGUUUUAAUAAAAUAUGGCGAGAACAAAAUGAAAAAUAUUACUUAAAAUCGUUAGACCAUCAAGGCAUUAAUUUCAAGCAGAAUGACGUCAAAGCUCUCAGGUCAAAAAGUCUUUUUAAUGAAAUCGAAACUCUGUAUGAUGAGCGACAUGAGCAAGUGGAUGACACAAGUGGUGAUAAUCAAAAUAACGGCGGUCCGCACUUGGUACUUGCCUACAAAGACAAAUCAGUGUUGGAUGAUGCGGCAAAUUUACUGAUUCACCAUGUGAAGAGACAAACUGGAAUUCACAAAGAAGAAAAAAAACGAAUUAAAAUUCUUCUCAAGCAUUUCAUACCUGAUCUCUUUUUCCAUCAACGUCAAGAGUUGAGUGACGAUGAGCGGGAUGACGAUGAAGAAAAAGAAGAAACCGGAACCGCGCCGUGUGGGAGUGGGUCACAAAGUCUAACAGCGUCAACGUCGCCGAUAGGCGGUCUUCAAGGUACGAGGAAUAAGACAUCACAAUCGUCACAAAAUUCGUCAAUUAAAUCAGAGCAAGAUCUUAAGUUACCGAUUCACGCAUUAUCGACUGAUCCUGAGGAGGCUUAUACGCUAUUUAUGGGCAGUAAUAGCUGGUAUUUAUUCCUGAGGUUACACCAGAUACUGUGUGAGAGGCUGACGAAGAUGUACGACAGAGCGAUGGUACUUGCCGACGAAGAGUCGCGGUAUAAACAGCAGAGAAAGGAGAGCACCGCUGUUGCAUUGAGGUUAAAGCCAAAAAGUGAGGUUGAAAUAGAAGAUUAUUAUCCAGCGUUUCUUGACAUGGUGAAGAAUGUGCUCGACGGUAAUAUGGAGAGCACAGUGUACGAAGACUCACUGAGAGAAAUGUUUGGUAUCCACGCGUACAUUGCUUUUACCUUGGACAAAGUAGUUACCUAUGCUGUACGACAGUUGCAGCAUUUGGUAGUUGACACAAUAUGUCAACAGUGUAUGGAUCUAUUUCAACGAGAACAACGUCAACCUAGAGAGAAUAACGGUGCCGGUGGUCUUUGUGCCACUGCGUAUCAACGAGUGGCCGCUGAAAUGGCUUAUCAAAGGAGAGCUGAAAAAGCAAUGGCUGAGGAAAAUUGUUUUAAGAUAUAUAUUUACAAAAAAGAGUGUAAAAUGACAAUUGAAUUAUUGGAUACGGAAGGGGAGGAAACGGCUGACGGUUGUAACGAGAGAGAAAGAGAGGAGGUGAAUACAACUGAAAAAUGGUCGACGUAUGUCGAGAGAUUCUCGACGCCGAUCGCACAACCCAGUCCGAAGGAAACAUCGACAUCACCGAACAAUGAGCCAACCACCAAUCAUCCUGUGAGUAGCGACCAGGCAGCAAGGGGGGGAAGGGGCAGAAAGCGCAAGAACACUGACAUUAAUAAGAAGAUCGAAGGAAAUGGUUGGAGUUCACUUGGAAAAAUUUGUGCUGGUCGCAAGCCUGUAUUUUUAUCUAGAAAUAUCAGGCAGUGGAGAAAACAUUCUGGAAGAGUGAUGAAGUCUUUACGCAAUAAUCCUGAUAAAAAUUCCGACUCUACUGAAGGUGAGAAAACGGAACAGGAAAUGGAUGUAGAUAGUGAUGUAUUAAAAAGCCCAGCGACGUUGAGAAUGACUGGGACAAAUGACACUGGAGAUAUCAUCGCCUUGGAUGAAACUCAAUGCACAUUUAAUCCGAAUAGUUAUCACAUGCUCUACGUUGCCAGCAAAGAGGCCUUUCUGUACAAACAAAACUCAUUUACGCGAGCGAGAGAGUCUCACUUGGCCGUGACAAAGAAUCUUAACAACAAAUUCCACGGGUGGCUGCAGAAGUGGGUGGCGAAAAACGUACCAGACACUCAGCACCAGUCGUGCAUUGACUGGCUGAUGGGUAGAUAUGAGAACCUAAUUCCCCACAGGACACGAGUGAUUGUUGAUAACGAUCAGAGUCGGACUCCAUAUCGGUCUUACAACCGCUACACAGUAGAAAGAUUCAACUCCGAGUCGUCUGCUCCGGAACAACCGACAUAGUUUUCCGGAAAUUAGUUUAUUUGUUAACUCGUGACAAUUAAAUACGUGAUGAUUUUAUUUUAAAUAAAUAAAUAAUUAAGUAAAAAUAAACACUGGUGUGACUAUUGGUGGUACUGAAUUAACAUGCAGGUGCGUGUGUGCGAACACAAACUUGUUCCGAAUAUUUUUGUCGGUAAUUUAUUAUUUCUCAUCAGUGUGAUAUCAAGAGUAAGAUAUGAUUUAUAAAACUAUUGUACAGAGACGUUGUAAAAGGCCUUGACUGAUAAAUACGUCCCCCGUUUAGUUUUUACAACAUCUCGAGAAGCAAUAUCUAUAUAGAUUCAAUUAGAAAAUUAUGUAAUUAAAUAAUGAUAGAAUUUAUUAUCUAUACUUUCCUUAAACUAUUAUUAUUACUACUAUUAUUACUAUUAUUAAUUAUUAAUUAUUAUUAUGGCAAAAAAGUAUAUGUAUCUAUAAGUAAUUAAUAAUUACAGAUAAUUCUUAAACAUUUUAUAAAAUGUUAUUAAAAUCUUAAAUGCUCAAUUUACGUAAAUGACAAAACGUUUCCAAUUUUGUGAUAAACUGAUUGUUUUUUUUCUUGUCAUUUAUUUGCAUUCCAUACUAUUAGAUUUUUUUCUUCUAAUAUUGUUUUGAAAAUUUUUUUUUAAAUUAUAUAAAAAGUAUUUUUUUUUUUUUCUUACUAAUUUAAAUAAUAAUAAAAUUAAAAACAUCUUUCGGAAGCUAAAUUAUAUCGUAAUGAUAAUAAAUAAAUAAAUGAAACGUUGCUUCAAUUUGUAUUAAUGGACCUUAUAAUUAAAUCGUUAAUGAGGACAAUCACCUCUUUCGAAAUACUCAAACAGUACAAGAUGUCAUGGCCUUAAUAGAAAAUUAAAAAUUAUAAAUCCGAAUGGCGUACAAAUAUAUUAAUCUAUUUAUAAAUAAAUAAAUAAAUAGAAAUAUAUUUGGAUGUAUUUCUAUUUAUUUUUAUCAAUAUUAACUAUUAAAAAUUAAUAUAGACUAUUAGCUUGUUUUAACUAAAUAUAUAUGACAUAUAUAUUUGAAUUCGAUGACUUAAAUAUAUAAAAGAUAAGCAUUUUUGUUUUUCUCUAGUAUUUAUAAAAAAUAUCAAGAAUAUUAGUCUGAAUUAAAUUUUUUAGAUAAAUAUAUUGUCUAUAUAUUAUAUAAUAUAUAAUACGGAUUUGAAAAAGAAUGAAAAUAUUAUAAAAACUAUUGCUGUCAUAUUUUUUUUUAUAAGUAUUGAUUUUUUAUGACAAUUCUAAAGUAUUUUGACUUGAUGUAAUUUUUUUUAGUAACUUUAUUAUCGUUUCUGUGUAACAUAGACUAGUUGCCAAUGUCAAUUUUCUUAAGUGUAAUAAAAAAUAAUAAUUAGAUAAAUAAUUGUAAAAUAUAUAUUUUUAUGUUUCAUUACUUUUUUUUUUUUUUUUUUCAUUUUUUUUUUACCUGAGUUUUAGGAAAGUGAGAUAUUAUUUUAUUGUUAUUUUUUAAUAGUAAUUUUAAUUUUAAUGAUGAGAUAUAAAUAUUGACAAGCGUUUAUGUGCGCACACACGCGCAGUUGGUUUACUUGUAAAUUUAUAAAUAACAAUUUAUAAUAGCGAUAAUAAUUAAUUAUAUAUUAUAUAUAUUUAUAAUUCCAUAAUAUUGUACAAACAAUACAAGUAAUUCUAUAUAUUAAUAUAUAAAUAUUUAAAUACAAUAUAAUAAAUAUCGAGUAGUACAUGCGUGUAUAAUAAAUUUAAUUACAAUUACAAUUAAAAUAAUUGUUUUAAUGAUAAAUAAUAAGAGUAAUAA